AUGGGAACUUCAUUGACCGAAGUUGGGUCCAGGCUUGCUGGAAUAAUGUUCAUAUGGGGCACAAUUCAACAACUCUUCCCUCAAAUAAUCCGUAGGCGAAUCGAAACCUUCUGGAAUCGACUUGAAAAUUACUUCUACCCUUAUGUAGAAAUCACCAUUGAUGAAUUCUCCAGUGGUAUAAACAAUGAAAUUUACAACCAUGUCAACAAUUAUUUGAGUACGAAGUCUAUAAGCAAUGAUGCUAAACAUCUCAAAGCUGAAAAAUUCAAGAACAUCAAGUCUUGUGCUGUUAUUUUGGAUGAAGGAGAAUCAACUAUUGAUGAAUUUCAAGGUGCGAAACUUUGUUGGCGCUUUCAUAAGGAAACAUUGAGGGACGAUUCUCAAGGGCAUAAUUCCCUUCCAAUUGAGAAGAAAAGUUACAGUUUAACGUUCAAUCAAGAAUAUCGAGAAAUUGUCACAGAAAAAUACUUGAAGUAUGUGAUGGAAGAAGGCAAAGCGAUUGAAUUCAAAAACAAGAAACAGAGGAUUUACUGUAAUGACAAUAAUGGGGAUAAUUAUUAUACACGUUGGUAUGGUAUGUGGAAGCAUAUUAAUUUCGAGCAUCCUGCAACUUUUGAUACUUUGGCUAUGGACCCUAAGAAAAAAGAGGAAAUAAAAAACGAUCUCGUUGCUUUUAGUGAGGGGAAGAAUUUUUAUUCUAGUGUAGGCAAGGCAUGGAAGCGCGGCUAUCUUCUUUACGGUCCACCAGGAACGGGGAAAUCAACAAUGAUUGCAGCUAUUGCGAAUUUCUUGAACUAUGAUAUUUAUGAUCUUGAGCUUACCUCAGUUAAAAAUAACUUAGGUCUUAAGAAGUUGCUCAUGGAAACAACAAGCAAGUCUAUUAUUGUCGUUGAAGAUAUUGAUUGCUCUGUUGAUUUGACAGGCAAGAGAAAGAAGAAAAAGAAAGAAGAAAAUUCUGACGAUGAUGACUCAGAUUCGGAUUCGGAUUCCGAUUCAGACUCAGACUCAGAUAGCGAGAAGAAAAAAUCCAGCAAACUUACACUUUCAGGGCUGUUGAAUUGCAUUGAUGGAAUAUGGUCAGCUUGUGGUCAAGAAAGAAUCAUUAUAUUUACGACUAAUUAUAAGGAAAAACUUGAUCCAGCUCUGAUACGCAGAGGACGGAUGGAUAUGCACAUUGAGAUGUCGUAUUGCAAAUUUGAAGCAUUCAAAGUAUUGGCUAAGAAUUACUUGAGAAUUGAAACUCACGAUUUGUUUGAAGAAAUUCAACGAUUACUAGAGGAAGUAAACAUGAGUCCUUGUGAUGUGGCUGAAUAUUUGAUACACAAGAAUACUUCAGGAGGGCCUGAAAUUUGCUUGAAUAACUUAAUUCAGGCUCUGAAAGAGGCCAAGGAAGAGGCAAAGGAAAAGGCAAAUCAAGACCAAAAAGAAACCAAGGAAGAGGUAAAGGAAAAUCAAGAUUCAAGAGAAGCCAAGGAAAACAAAAAGUUACCCGCUAAAUUAGUUACUACAAGUUAUGGCCGUCUAAAAAAACUUUUCAAAAAAAGUGUGCCAUAUUUAUCUUCUUAG